AUGCCCCGCGUCUUCCUCAUCACCGGGUGCUCCACGGGCUUCGGACGAGAAUAUGCCCAAGAAGUCCUGGACCGCGGGGACCACGUUGUCGCCACUGCCCGCGACCCUUCCAAGGUCUCACUCAAGGGCACCACGCCGACCAACCACCUGGCAGUUCGACUCGACGUGACGGACAAAGCGAGCAUCAAGGCCGCCUUCAACUCGGCGCUCGACAAGUUCGGCCGGAUCGACGUCGUGGUCAACAACGCCGGGUACGGGCUCGCAGGCUGUUUCGAAGAGUACACCGACGCGCAGGUCCGGCAGCAGAUGGACAUCAACUUCUUCGGCCUCAUCGACGUGACCCGCGAAGCCAUGCAGGUGAUGCGGGACCGCCAGCAGCCGCAAGGCGGGCUGAUUCAACAAGUCACCAGCAUCGGCGGGCAGCGCGGCGUGCCGCUGUUCAGCGUCUACUGCGCGAGCAAAUGGGCCGUCGAGGGCUUCACCGAGUCAGUCAGUCUCGAGGUCAAGCCCGAAUGGGGCAUCAAGUUCACCUGCGUCGAGCCCGGUGGCUUUCGGACGGAUUGGGCUGGACGAAGCAUGCAAUUUGCCGACCGUCAUCCGGCUUAUGAUCACAUGAACGCUGUUGAACGUAUGGGUGCCCGUCACGGUACUCAGGCCGGUGACCCCGUCAAGGGUGCCAGAGCAAUGUACGAAUUGGCCACUAUGAAAGAUCCCCCGUUGAGAUGCGUGAUUGGUAGUGAUGCGUACGCCGCCAUCAUGAACAAGUUAGACCAGUACGAACAAAACUACAAGAAAUUCGAAACGCUAAGCAACUCGACCGACGUGGAUGGGUACAAGGGGCCGAACCCAUAUACCUCCAAAUCGUAA